AUGACGGAGAGAGAUCCACAGCAAGAGAUUGAAGAAGAGUCUACUCCGUUGCUCGAUGAUGAUUCACAACCCGACGGUGAACUGAGGUCGCGGAAAUCGACGACGGCGAAGGUGCCGGAGGUGGAGAUCCAUCUGUACAAGUUAGGAAAAGGUCCGAUCGAUGUGUUCAAGUCGAAUCUCGGAGGUUGGGAGCAGGAUCAGCUCGAGGUUCGAACUAUUCUCGAUAAAUACGGAUUGAAAUCCAUCUUCGCCUUCAACGCCCAGAAAGGUCGCGCCGCUCCGAUCCGAUUCAACCCUAGGAAUGGCCGGUCGAUGCUUCCUUACCGGGACGGUGCCGUCAUUUACAUCGACGGUGAACCUCAGGAUUCGUUGCUUAAACCCAUCACAAGAAUCGUGCUCGGAAUUGUGAUGGUGAUGCUGCUAAUAACGUUUCUAAUGAAAGACCCUCCAGCGUGGAUCAAGAACUACAUCUCCUUUGGAAACUUUCCUCCGUGGGUGCUCGCGUGCGUGGUAAUUGUAUUCACCCGAGCUAGGAAGAGAACCAGAGACUUCUUCAGGAAGUAUGGCUGGUGA